UGGGGAUGCUGCCCCAAAAAAACCCCUUCAUCAAAGUAAGAUGCUGCAGGCCCUCAGACGGGCCCUUCUGGAUGCCAAGAGGCAAAACCAAGAACUGGAAGCAGAAAAUGCAGCUCUGAAGCAAGAGGCAGCGACCAAGGUCGUCAGCUGGGAAGAAGAGAAGAAGAGGCUCCUGGAAGAGAAGGAGUCGUUACAGUCAAAUCUGCUCAUGGCCCAAAGUGAAAAGGUCAGCAUGAGUAAGAUAGUAGAGUCAGAAAGAGCGGCAAAGAAACACCUGGAGGCAGAGAUCAAAGAGAAGGACAACCGAAUGAGAAAGGAGGAGAGAGAGGUCCGCUCCUUGAAGGAACGCCUGUGUUUGCAACAAGCAGAGAAAGAGAAAUUCAAAGUCCAGUGGAUGCAAGAGUGUGCUAGAGUCCAGGAGAUGGACGCUGGCUUUGACCAAAGUAUAAUCCAGUUCACUGCAGCGUGGGAGAGCCGGCUGGCUGCCAGGGAGCGUAGGGCGGUCGCCGAGCUCAAAGCGCUGCAGGAGAGCUGCGAAAAGAGGGUCGCACACAUCGACCGGGAACGAGAGGAGGCCAGGGCUGAAAACCUGGUCCUGGUAGAACUAAAUUUUAAGUACCAGGCCACCAUCAAAACCAUCAACUCUGAGAUCCAGCGCAAAGAGACUGAGUGGCAAAAAGAUAUCAAGAGCCUGGAGGAGACGCUCAGGUGUGAGAUGUCAAGAAAGGAGGAGGAGCUGCAGGAGCAGAAUAGAAAAAUCACCCAGGAACGAGACGAAGCCGUCGCCAGUGCCAGGGCUGAAAACAUGGUCCUGGUAGACCAAAAUCUUAAGUACCUGGCCAAUAUGAAAACUGCUGAGGCUGAGAUCCAGCACAAAGAGACUGAGAGGCAGAAAGACAUCAGCGCCCUGCAGGAGAAGCUCAGGUGUGAGCUGACCAGAAAGGAGGAGGAGCUGCAGGAGCAGAGAAGACUAACAGAGGAGAGCUGGCUCACCAGGCAGGCGGACUGGAUGAAGAAGGCCAGCGGCACGGAGGAGGAGAUCCAGCGCCUCAUUUUGCAGAAUGUGGAGCUGCAGGAGCUCGCAUUAAAGUCAGACAAAGACAAAGCCAAGAUCAGAAAGAAGGAGGAAAAGAGGCUGAAGAAGGAGAGGAAGGAGAAGAAAGAGCAGGAGAAGAAAGAGGAGAUGGAGAGAGAGAAGAAGGAGAGGAAAGCGAUGAAGGAGAAAAAGGAGAAAGAGAGGAUGGAGACGAAGGAGCGGAAGAAGAGAGAGAAGGAAAAGGAGAGGAGAGAGGCGACAUUCUUUUAACUCCUCCAACCCUCUCCCUCACCCACCUCCCAACACCCCCCCACACACACACACCUUUUACCCCAUUACCCCUCCAUCCUCUUAACCCCUUUCACCCCUCCCUCUCCCUCACCCACCCCACUACCCCCCCUUUACCCCUCUAUUCUCUUUACCCCGUUCACCCCUCCUUAUCCUCUCUCCUAUCUUUUCUCUCCCUCCACCCCUCACCCCCUAACCUUUAAACA